AUGUCUCUCGAUCCUCAGCAGUCUCCCAUUUUGUUAGAUGGCUUACCACUAGCCUUGACUCAAGCCGCCGCGUACAUGCAGCAGACCGGUAUCGAUUUCAAAGAGCAUAUCAGACUAUAUAAUACCCGGUGGAAAGAUCUUAUGCAAUUUCACAAGAAGGAUGGCAUCCCACUUCCGGCGUACGAUCGCAAUAUCUGGACAACGUGGAUGAUAUCAUUUGAAGCGAUCAGGCAGAGGAACGAAGCAACUUCUAACCUUCUCCUGUUUUGGGCGUUUUUGGAUCACCGGGAUUUAUGGUACGGACUACAGUGGUCACCCACAGCGGCCCCGGACCUGUGCCCACAGAUAUGUACGAACAACUCGACGACGCGCGCGGCGUCUCCAACGGCCUUGCGACAGUGA